GGGAGGAGACUAACUUGCGCUUGUCUUUGAACGUGGUUCACCGAUUUCAGUCAGUGUGAUUGUGACCACCUACCGGCAAAGUCCACUCCUCGUCUUGACCUGCAUCACCGGCAUCAACGAGUUGAACCAUGAAGAUCUGGACCUCGGAGCACAUCUUCAACCAUCCUUGGGAGACGGUGACCAAGGCUGCUAUGCAGAAAUACCCCAACCCUAUGAACCCAAGUGUGAUCGGAGUGGAUGUGUUGGACAGAGACAUCGACAAACAGGGACGCCUCCACAGUAAAAGGCUGCUCAGCACAGAGUGGGGCCUUCCAUCUAUAGUGAAAUCUAUCAUUGGUAACUCGCGAUCGUACACUUAUAUUCAGGAGCACUCGAUUGUGGAUCCCAAAGAGAAGACAUUUGAGCUGCAGUCCACAAACAUCACUUUCACAAACAUGGUAUCUGUGGAUGAAAAGUUAACAUACAAACCACACCCUGAGGAUAAAGACAAAACAAUACUGACUCAGGAGGCCAUCAUCUCUGUGAAAGGAGUCAGUCUCAGCAGUUACUUGGAGGGAGUUAUGGCCAGCACCAUGUCUGCCAACGCUGGAAAGGGCCGUGAAGCCAUGGAGUGGGUAAUCAGGCGGCUGAAUGCAGAAAUCGAGGAGCUGGCGGCCACAGCGCGGGGGACCAUACGCACCCCCAUGGCUGCUGCAGUCACCGAGAAAUGACACCUGCCCCUCUUUUCCAUCAGAGACUAAAAGAAACUUCACGCCAGCACAACCAGCCUCCCUUUAUGAUGCUCUGGUGCUAUUUCGGUGCUCUGGGGUUUUUGUAUUAUUUAAGGGUACAAUUCAUCCAUCUCAUUCACUUUACUAUCUACAUUAGAUAUAUUUCUGAACACCAAGAAGCAACAUAAAGGGAUUCUGUGGAGUGUUUUCAGGGGAUGCUGCCUGGCAGGACCGCAGUCAUGAGAGACUUGGGGAGGAAAGCGGGGACAACACCACUGUUAUCUGUGUGGAAACAUGUAGCACUGGCAAGGAGGUAUCAGAGGCACUGGGUUCAACUGAAAACCAAAGAAAAGUGCCAAAGCUGAUGAAGCGCUUUUUUUUCCCAGCCUCUUAAAAGCACCAUAGCCAGCUGUGCUUUCAUCUGGGAGAAGACCUCAGAGUGGCAGCAAAUCUCCUCCAGUACAAACUCUGUAGUAACAACAACAGAGCUAUGAACAAAACAGUUAUGGUGAGAUUUUUAGACAUGGUUGUGACAUGACGGCAGAAAACAGUGCCAUGUUGAAGCAGAGGUCAAGCGUAAUGCAUGUCAAAGGUACGUGGAUGUGGUUUCAGGAGUCGGGAAAGUAAAUGGUUUGGUUAACAUCGCCAUCGACAGUGAUGCGUUAAUGAAAUGUUUCACUGUCAGGUUUAUCUGUGUAAGAGAGUCAUCUCGACAUUGUUUUCUUGCGGGACCUCAAGUAAUAACGGGACACUUUGUACCAGGCAACAAAUGUAAGCCUGAUGAGCUAAACUGUUUUUUGUUAUUAUGUGGUAACUAAUAUUGUUAUUAAGGUAUUUAAGUGAAAUGAAGGGAACAAGAUAAUUGCCAUAUUUAUAUCUAUGAAGACCUUCUCAAAUGCUGCGCAGAUGAGACAAACAAACCAAUAAAAACCUUUAGUUACAUGUUGUACCUGAACUUGUUUCAUGCUCUCAAACAGUUUUAUCAAUACACAGUAAACUACUGUUCCUCUGUUUGAACGCAGUCCUCUCAGCACGUCCUCUGUGACCUAAUGACUUCUAUUUGCACUUACAGAAUAAUAUAUUUUAAAAAAGAAAAGCUGCUACACAUUCUGAUGGUGCUGAUGAUUUGUGAAUAGUUUGGUAUAACUGUUUGAGACAUAAAAUGUGGUUACAAUUAGCACUUGAGAAGGUCUUUCUACAUAUAACGACAGCAGUGUGGUGAUGGUGGAAGCUUUAGUUUCUUUUUAAUAUAUUUUUUAAACCUGUUUAAGGAAUAUUUAUUUCAAGAAAAAACAGCUUUUUUGAGGUAGUGAAUUGUGAUAUCACAUCCUUUUAGUUAGAAAUUGUUAUUUGUGAAUAUUUGUGCCUCUGGAAAAAAUAAUGGUUUUACCAACUGCAGAAUGUGACAAUAAAAUAAGUUAUUUUAACCUGUUUGAUAGAACAUUUUUGCCAGUAAUUCUUCAAACAAAAAAUGGAAAUCGAAUGUAUUUAGAGAAACGAAUGAUGAGUUAAGUUAAACAAUGUUUAAAAUGUGAAUGUAUAUCCAUAUUAAUUGUUAUUAAUUAAUUAACAUGGCCUCAGUAUGUAGAACAUAUGAUUCUGCCAAGAUUAGAGUUCCCCUGAGAUGCAUUCCAAACGUUUUGUUAGCUGUAGGGUUUGAUGGUUUAUUUUUGCAGAACAGUCUACACCCGGACACACCUGCAGUAGGUGUAAGCCUGUAUGGCUGCAUUCUUCUAACGCUGGUCAUACACUGAAUGUGUGAGAUGAAGGAGCCACGUGCUGCCACACUGUGGCCAAAUAGUAGACCUGCAAUUUUAUCGAGCAAUAAAGAAAAAAGGUCUUGACAAAGGUUUCAAGUUUAGGGCCAAAAUUUAUAAACAUCGCUGUUUUUACUGACAUGAAAAAGAUGUGAAGUGAAUGUUUAAAAAAUAAAGUUAUUUCGAUAAUCAUCCAUA